UUUACGUUCUCCUCUCCUGUCCUCAACAAUUCCUUUCUGAUAGGAACAGCCACUUUUUACACCCCUUAUCUACUGACUGUCCAGCUUGCCGAAAUCUCUCUGCUGAGACCUCUUGCUCGAUAAUCGAGCGAAUAGUUGGUUCGACUCCCGAGUCCAACCCACAUAUUCAAAUAUCCUGCCCCCUCGGACUGUUCUUUAUCUAAGAUGGCUGAGAUUCUUCAAGGGCAAUCAGCAUCAGAAGAAAAGGAAAGUAGUCCCGAAAAACCACCAUGCCUAAAGCGACUCGUCCACAAUGCUUAUACUAUCGGAUGGGUGUGCGCCCUUCCAAAGGAACAAACCGCAGCGAGAGCUAUGCUAGACGAAGAGCACGAACCUCUUCCGACCCCUCGAAAUGAUCAUAAUGUGUAUACGCUUGGCUCAAUCUGCAAACACAACAUUGUUAUUGCUUGCCUACCGAAUAUGGGAACCAAUUCUGCUGCGACUACCGCGACCUCUAUAAUAAACACGUUCCCAUCAAUCAGAUUCGGGCUUAUGGUAGGAAUUGGCGGCGGAAUUCCGAUGAAGGUUUAUCUAGGCGACGUAGUAGUCAGCCAACCUGUUGCUGAUUACCACGGGGUAGUACAAUGGGAUAUGGGAAAGCUGGAACGAGAUGGGCAGUUCGUUCAUACGGGCUCACUGAACAGACCUCCUAAUACGCUGCUCAAUGCGUCGAAUCAGCUAAAAGUGAAUCAUGAGAUGUAUGGAUCAAAGAUAAAUGAGUAUCUGCACAAUGUGGAAACAAGAUUUCCACGUCUGGCGCCAAAAUAUACCAGGCGUGAGUACUUGGACGACCCAAUGUUGGCCUCCGGAAAAGUGGAUCAAACUCCGACUAAAGUUUAUCUCCUGUUGAGAUUUUGGCACAUGAUCAUCGCAUCCAUCACAUUUUUUUUUGGCUUGUGGGCUGUUAUUCCGGUUCAGGAGAAUGAGCAAGCAUCGGAGCCGACAGGAUCAGCAAGAACCCGGAGAGAAGUGAAAAUACACCAUGGCCUCAUCGUAUCCGGAAAUAAAUUGAUCAAGGAUUCCCAGUUCCGAGACUCCCUCGACAAAGCAUUUGGUGGGCAUGUGCUAUGUGUGGAGAUGGAGGCAGCUGGGCUCAUGAAUAACUUUCCCUGCAUUGUUAUUCGAGGCAUUUGUGACUAUGCAGACUCCGGGAAAGAAAAGAGCUGGCAAGAGUACGCGGCAGCCGUGGCCGCAGCUUAUGCGAAGGAACUACUAGAAUGUGUACAUCCUAGUAUGAUCGAUACCGAGGAAGCUGCAAAGAAUAUAUUGGAAAAGGUGGAGAGGUACACACAGGAGACACGCGACACACUUAGUAUACUUCAGUCUCAAUUCGAGCAAACCAUCGGAUGGGAGAAUCUGAGGAUUGUCCAAGGUGCUUUAUUUGAUUCUUAUGAUAACGAGCAUGAAGAAUGUCUCAAAGGAACUCGGACCAACCUACUUGAUGAGGUCGAAACUUGGAUCAAAUCAAAAGAUAGGAAGUGUAUCUUCUGGUUGAACGGUAUGGCCGGAACUGGAAAAUCUACUAUUGCUCAAACAAUUGCAAGAAAGCUUGAUAAAAGAGGAGAGCUUAGUGCCACCUUCUUUUUCAAGCGAGGCGAAGCUGACCGUGGUAACGCAAAAUACUUUGUAUCAACUCUUGCGGGACAACUAAUCAUAAAGCACCAAGAACUAGCAUCACAUGUCUUCACUGCUAUUAAGAGAGACUCAAAUCUUGUGUUCAAAUCUCUUGAUAUACAGUUUGAGAAACUUCUCUAUCAACCACUUGAGAGGCUGUGCUUGACUCAAUCUACAACAGUUGUGAUUAUUAUUGACGCCUUAGACGAAUGUGACCGAGACCCGGAUCUACAACUUAUUAUUCACUGUCUUUUCAAGAUCCAAGAAAUCAAAUCUCUUCGUUUUCGAGUAUUCUUGACCAGCCGACCUGAACUACCGAUUCGCUGUGGCUUCAACAAUCGCCAGGAUUAUUGUGAUCUGAUCCUUCACAAGCUUCCUGAGCCUGUGAUUGAACAUGAUAUUCGCGUCUUCCUCGAUUACAAACUCUCGAAGAUACAGCAUGAUCGCUCUCUUCCACCGAACUGGCCGGGAACUGAGAAGAAAGAAAAGCUAGUGCAGAUGGCUAUUCCUCUAUUUAUCUUCGCAGCUACACUUUGUCGAUUUAUCGGGGAUAUAGACUGGCUUCCCGAUAGCCGUCUCACCGCUGUUCUUAAUGAUGAAGCGGCAGCAGCAGCAUCCGACAUGGAUAGAACAUACAUUCCUGUAUUGAAUCAACUUCUUAUCUCGAAGAAUAAGAGAGAUACCAGACACCUCUUACAAGAGUUUCACGAUAUCAUCGGAGUGAUUACUCUACUCGCUACUCCUCUUUCGGUGAGGACUCUGGCGCAGUUGAUUUCAGUCUCAGAGGAUAUUAUCAGCAAUCGACUAAAUAGAUUCCAUGCAGUUCUUCAUGUGCCCGACAACCUCGAAGUACCAGUCCGAAUCUUGCAUUUAUCAUUCCGAGAUUUUCUGGUUAGCACAGAGACCAGAUUUCGAAUCCAGGAGCAGGAGACACACGCGAGAAUAGUAUCACAUUGUUUCCGGCUUAUGAAAGCCCAGGUCAAACAGAAUAUUUGCAAGUUGAAGAGUUACGGGACACAACAAGAGAAUAUUGAGCCUCGGUGUGUUAACAAAUAUAUCACAGCUGAUCUGAAAUACGCCUGUUGCUAUUGGGUUCAUCAUCUGGAACAGAGCAAGGGUCUGAUUUCUGAUUCUGAUAUUCUGUCUUUUCUCCGGGAGCACAUCCUUCACUGGUUGGAGGCACUGGCUCUUGUAGGGGAGAUAUCGGAAGCAGUAAGACUAAUAAGGACUUUACAAUCAAGAAUAUGGAAAUCUAUGAACACUGAGUUAUCAGACUUUCUGUAUGAUGCAGAUAGAUUUGUUCGUCAGAACAGUUAUAUGGCAGGAAUUGCCCCACUGCAACUUUAUCGUGCUGGACUUGUAUUUGCACCGAACAGGAGUAUUAUCAAGAAAGCUUUCCACAGCAAAGUUAUAGGGCAACAAAUACAGCUUACAGGGGUGAAAGAAUCUUGGAGUCCUAAUCUACAGACAUUUGAAGGCCAUUCCCUCACUGUCAACUCGGUGGCCUUCUCGCCGGACGGGCGCACGCUGCUGGCGUCGGGCUCGUGGGACAAGACCAUCAAGCUCUGGGACGCGGCCACGGGCGUCGAGCAGCGCACGCUGCCGGGCCAUUCCGGCACGGUCUCCACAGUCUCCUCGGUAUUCAACGGAUCUACUACGAGUUAUUCUAUUUCUGUUGCGGAUUCCUGGGUCUCUCUUCGAGAUGAAAGGAUCCUGUGGCUUCCUACUGAUUAUCGAUCUUUUAGGUGUUUUGCUAUUAAGAAUACUACGCUUGUCCUUGGGUUACCAGAUGGGCGCGUUCCAAUUCUAAGACUUGAUUUCCCCUAGGGAAAAUUCUUUGUCCUCUACCUCGGUCUCUUAUUUUCUAAUCUCUUUAUAAAAGAAGGGUCUGGGAUGUGCCACGCC